CUUUGCUUCUAACUUGCUGCCUCCCCCUGUUCCUCGUUCUCCUCCAUCUGCUGCUUCUUGUUGUUCUUCACUUUCCUUCGUGAUGCCAGUUUCACUUUCCUCCUGCUCUGGGCCACAGGAAAGCUCCGAACCAGGGCUGUGUCAGGGAAGCUCCCUGGUGGAUCUCCUGUUUUUGCUGUAGUUUUCCUACACCAGCAUGGAGGGACCCUGGGUAGGCACCUGGAGACCUCAUCCCCGACGGGGACCAAUCCUUGCAGAGUUCAGCACCCCGGGUCCCAAGUACUGGCUCCCUGGGACAACAGGUCACACGGCUCAUGAUCCCACCAGAUACAGAGCCCCUGCAUACUCAUUUCGAGGGACCAAAAGUCUCACCGAAGCCAGCUGCUCACCAGGUCCUCGCUACUUCAUCCAUGCAUCCAUCACCAAGACUGGGAAGCAUGUGGCUCCAUCAGCACAUGUGACGGCACGUCCCACGACCAAGAUGCAGGUCACCCCUGGACCCAGUGACUACACCACGGAGCCUGCCGACAGACAUGUCUACCUCACUGCACCGGCGAGUAGCAUGAAGUCCCGCCCCAAGGACCCAACAGGUUUCCGAACGCCAGGUCCUGGCACCUACACCCUGCCCAGGGUUCUGGGACCUCACACAGUGAACACCCAUGCUGAACCUUGCUACUCCAUGAAAUGGAAGAGUCAAUAUCAGAGCUGUUUUCAAGACCUGGCAAAGACGCCAGGUCCUGCGGCGUUUGACAAUGUGGAAAUGGACGUCUACAAAAGAAGAGCUCCCAAGUACUCAAUGGGACUGAGAACCCAACUUGCUGGCACAGGAACAGCUCCAGGUCCAGCAGACUACUUCCCAGGAAAGUUGUCAGUGACCAAGGCCCGGGAUCCUGCUUUCACUUUUGGACUCCGACACUCUCUCUACAAAGCUUCUUUAAUACCUGAAACGCUUGAUUAAAGGCAGAUUCCUACAGAGAUCUUUUUCUGCUCCUCCUUUGUGGGGGUUUACAUGUGCAUGGCUGCAGAACACUGGCUCUCACUGUCUCAUGUCUAUGCCUCAGCCAAAACAUGGCAGGAUGAAGAAGAGGCGAGAGCAGCGAGGUAACAGCAUGAGCCAGGCUGACAUCUCCAACAGCACUAUUUUCACCUAACCAGAGCAAAACACUGUGAAAGCUUUCCAGCCCUGCCUUGCACGCUCCCAACCCCAUGGCCCAUGCUAGCCCCGAGGACCAAGCCCAUCUCAGCAUCCCCUUUUCAGUGCACACAGGUGCCAUCUGCCCAGGGAGUGCCCAGAAACAGAACUGCCGUGCAUUAUCUCCUGCCACAGGCAGGAACUCAUUUUCACAGGCAAGUCCCCAGACCACUGACAAGUAUGGAGAAUGAACCAUUAUUCCCAGUUUGAAAAUGCCAUCAUCAUAGGAUCCUGCAACAGCCCAGGUGGGAAGGAUCUUGGAAGGUGACCUCAUCCAG